GGAUGCAGGCGGAGGCUUGAGCGCGGAGCAUCCUCUGCCCGGGAGGAGAGCCGUUUUGGGCUGGCGGGGUCCGGGGGUGGGCUGGGCCGGUUUUGACUGAGCCCCUCGUGUUUUGCUGCCCGCCCCCCCCAUUCACCCUAGAGCUGGCCAGAGAUGGGAUUCCCACCCAGGACCACUUAGGAUUUGGCCAUUUUGGCCGUUCCCUCUUAUGGGCUGCAUGGCCUCUGCGAUCCAGAACCACGGGUAAAAAUAGCAGCCGGUGCCAAUUUUGUACACGGUGUCCACCGUUCCUUCAUCUCCUCUCGUCUCUCUUUCACUCACCACAUCCUCUUUUUUAUUUUUAUUUUAUUUUUAUUUUUAACAACUAGAGAUAAGCUCCUCGGUCGUAUCUGGCAUUGUGUGAAGCAUAAUGGCUGGCAAAACAGGACCAGAGCAUCUCUUCAACCCGGCGACUGAGAUGGAGGCCGCAGGAACUGUCCUGGGCACCAAGAUCAACAUCCCAGCUCUCUUGCCCCAAGGGCCAGCAAAGGAGUGGCUGGAUCAGCGCCGGGCCACCAUACGGCCCUGGGCGAAUUUCGUCGACCAGCGGCGCUUCGGGAAGCCCCGGAACUUCGGCGAGCUGUGCAAACGGCUGGUGCGCAACGUGGAAUAUUUCCAGAGCAACUACGUCUUUGUCUUCUUGGGACUCAUUGUCUACUGCCUCAUCACAUCUCCCCUUCUCCUGAUUGCACUGGCUGUGUUCUUUGGGGCCUGUUACAUUAUCUACCUGAAAACCCAGCAAUCGCAACUGGUGGUGUUUGGGCGGGAGCUAAGCACAGCCCAUCAGUAUGGCCUGGCGGGAGCGGUUUCCUUUCCCUUCUUCUGGCUAGCUGGAGCUGGCUCAGCCGUCUUCUGGGUAUUGGGCGCCACUUUGGUGACUAUUGGUUCGCAUGCAGCCUUCCAUGAACUGGAGUCCGCUGAGACCGAUGAGCUUCAGAUGGAACCAGUCUGAAGAGUGGAGAAUCCCACUGUUCCCUCUGAUCUCCUGUGCAUCCACAUGUCCCUGCUUCUCUGUUGCUCUUCCACUGAUCUUUGUAUAUAUCGCUGCUAUUUCAUUCAUCCUUUUAUGUGCCAUUUCCUCUUUUGAGUUCCCCAAGAACUAAAAUCUAGUUUGGGGGCCUCCUCUAGGGGUAUGAAACCAUCAGUGCCCUCUUUACAUCUUUCAUUUUCAGGUUUCUCCUCGCCACCCACAUUCCUGUACAACCUUCCCUUCUCUGAAUGCCUAAUUUCAUUGACUUUGGGGUUUUCCCAUCUAAGACAUCAAACUCCCUACCCAAGAUGCUACAUAUUCACCAUAGUCUUCAACCAAAAACCAAGCCCUGGAGGUUUGUUACAAACUCCCUGCAUUCAACCUUCGGGUUCCCCCCCCCUUUUAUCAGCAACAUCAAAGGAGCAAAAAGUGUUAAUCAGAACAUUCUUGGAACGUUUAAUAGAGCUUCUGAGUGUUUCAUUUGUGCUAGCCAAGAGGUCAAAGUGGCACAUGAAGCCACACCCGUUGAAACAUUUGUGUGUUCACCUAGAGUAACUCUGCCGUUUAAUUAUGCCCAUAUGUAUUGGUUUGCUGAACAGUGAAUGGCAGCUUUCCAUAGGAAAGAUGGUGCAGGCCUAUUCCAUUCUUGGUUGCUGAUGCCUACCAGAAGAGGAUCACAUUUUAAUUGGAAAUUUUAAAAAAAAAACCACCAAAAUCUGUGGUCAGGAAAACUGAAUCUGUCUGUGCCAGAGGUGGAGUAAACUAACCCAGCUCUGCACAUUUCAUUUUGCAUGAUUUAGUCAGUUUCAUUUGUUUGAUCCGCACCAUUGAUGUAUUUAUUGAUCCCUGAGACUAAAAAACCGAAGCAACGGCAGUGUCACUAAUUCACAUGGGUUAUAAUCUAGUAGUUCACUUGUGCAGGCCUUCUUAGCCAGAAUCCUGUCGCUAGUGUCAACUAGAGUAGAUCUGUUGAAUCCAUGGGAUAUGGGUAAGUGUUGAUUCACCAUUCCGCAGUUGAUUUAUUGAAUCUACUGUGUUUGGAAGAAGCGGUAAGAUUUAGGUCGCUGAAAUUUCAGGACCUACCAGCCUUUUUUCAACCUCUAGUUAACCCACUUAUUGCAAUGACUUAAGCUUCUGUGCCUAUUUAUAUUCCCACCCUGCUUCAGCCUCUAAUAACAGUUAUUUUAUGAAGCACUCUCCACCACUGCUUACCAUCUUUAAAUGUGAGCUGUGCUGUAAGUUGUACUCUUACCUAACCAUUAUUCAUCCACUGGAGAACAUUAAGAGUCUUAAUGCGACGCCAUUUACAAGUGACUAAUAUUCUCGCAGCAGUUAAUAAAUUCUAGAUUAAAUCA